AUGCGCCAGGCGGCCGCGCCAGCGGCAUCGUCUCCAAAGAAAGCGGGCCAAGGCUUCUCAGCGCACGUCGGCGCCAAGGCGGCGCAGGCGGCGGCGCUGCAGGCGCUGCACACUCUCCGCCGCGCGCAGCCUGCACCUUGCGUCUCACGGGCCCAAGUCUCGCCAGCCCGCCCGCUGCAGGUGGCUUCGUCGCUGUUUUACGAGGGCAUCGGCCACUUCGACGGCGCACGGUACGAGGAGGCCCUCGUCUGCUUCGAGCAGGCCCUCGCCAUCAACGAGAAGUACCUGCUGCCGGCGUCGUCGGGGUACAUCCUCUGCUGCAACAACAUCGCGGCGGUGCACGAGCGCAUGUCCAACCCGCCGGCGGCGGAGUUUGAGUGGCGUGCCGGCGAGGGCAGCAGCGAGGAGGAGGACGCGGGCCCGCUGGACGACCGGGUGGAGGGGGCGAUCGACGCGAUCAACGCGGCGAGGGAUGCGAUGAACGCGCGCCAGCUCGACCUCGAGGCGGCUAAGCGGGAGCUGGGCGCCGCGGAGGCGCAGAGGAAGGAGAUGGUUGGAGAGUAG